CUAAUAUGAGGAUUAAAUGGUGGACACAGAAAACCAAUUUUUCCCCCUAGAGGAUGAUCUCGGAAGCCCCUUAUCUAGAGAGUUCCUACAAGACAUGGAAAACAUACAGGACAUCUCGUCUAUUGGUGAUGAUAGCCCUGGAGCAUUAAGCGUAACAGAGCUCCAGUCUUUGGGAAAUGGUCCAGGAUCUGAUGGAUCAGUCAUUACAGACACACUUUCACCAGCAUCAAGUCCUUCAUCCAUUAAUUUUGCCACAAUUCCAGGUAGCAUAGAUGAAUCACCCAGUGGAGCAUUAAACAUUGAAUGUAGAAUUUGUGGGGACAAAGCUUCUGGCUUCCAUUAUGGAGUACAUGCUUGUGAAGGUUGUAAGGGAUUUUUUAGGAGAACAAUUCGACUUAAACUCAUCUAUGAUAAAUGUGAUCGUACCUGCAAAAUUCAGAAAAAAAAUCGUAAUAAGUGCCAAUACUGUCGUUUUCAAAAGUGCCUUUCAGUUGGAAUGUCACAUAAUGCAAUUCGUUUUGGACGAAUGCCAAGGUCUGAGAAGGCAAAGUUGAAAGCAGAAAUUCUAACAGGUGAACAAGAUGUGGAAGAUUCAGAAAUGGCAGAUCUUAAAUCUCUUGCCAAGAGAAUCUAUGAGGCCUAUCUGAAAAACUUCAAUAUGAACAAGGUCAAAGCUAGAGUCAUCCUUGCAGGGAAAACCAAUAACAAUCCACCAUUUGUUAUACAUGACAUGGAAACACUGUGUAUGGCAGAGAAGACUCUGGUGGCAAAACUGGUAGCCAAUGGAAUCCAGAACAAGGAAGCAGAAGUUCGAAUCUUCCAUUGUUGCCAGUGUACAUCUGUAGAGACUGUAACAGAACUUACUGAAUUUGCCAAAUCUAUCCCUGGCUUCUCAAAUCUUGAUUUGAAUGAUCAGGUGACUCUGUUAAAAUAUGGAGUUUAUGAAGCCAUUUUUGCCAUGCUAGCUUCUGUAAUGAACAAAGAUGGGAUGCUGGUAGCCUAUGGAAACGGCUUUAUAACUCGAGAGUUCCUGAAAAGCCUAAGAAAGCCAUUUUGUGAUAUUAUGGAGCCGAAGUUUGAUUUUGCAAUGAAAUUCAAUGCACUGGAGCUGGAUGAUAGUGACAUAUCGCUUUUUGUAGCUGCUAUCAUUUGCUGUGGAGAUCGUCCUGGUCUUGUAAAUGUAGAAUACAUUGAAAAGAUGCAGGAGGGCAUUGUGCAUGUACUAAAACUUCACUUGCAAAACAACCAUCCCGAUGACAUCUUCCUCUUCCCAAAACUCCUCCAGAAAAUGGCUGACCUCCGACAGCUUGUCACAGAGCAUGCUCAACUUGUUCAGAUAAUCAAAAAGACUGAAUCUGAUGCACUCUUGCAUCCUUUAUUACAAGAAAUCUACAGCGAUAUGUAUUAAGAGUUUUUUGUAAUUUUUUCCACAGUAUUUAAAGCCAAGAGCAAUAUUAAUAAUAGAUGGGAGAAAAAUUACUUUGUACAGUUAUCUGCUGUGCUGAAUUCCAGAACAUGAAAAAUCUAAAUUGUAGAUAACUGGAAUGUCACACUUCUUUUGUCGUGGGUUCUUUAAGUACUUUAGAGAAAUUACAUAGUGCUCAUUAAUUUGCUCAUAAGAAGCUUUGGUUAAUUUGAAAUUUGAGGGUUAGCGAGAAUGUAUAUGUACUGAACAAGUAGAUGUUUAACAAAUCUGAAUCUGUUGACUAACAAAUAGACCUUGAUUGAUCAAAAUUAUAUUCUGUAUUGGGCUAGUCAUUGAGCAUUAAUUUACCAAAUAGGGCAAAAUUUGUUCAAGAUACAUGCACUAUCUUCUAUAGAUUAUGUACUCUUGAUUUAAAUACUCUCAUGUUCAUUAUUGAGAACCAACUAGCACUUUCAAUUUUUUUCUCAAACAAGAGUCAGGCUAGAUGUAUCAAGUGGCUGGGUAUAACUAUACGUGCACAGGUAUAUUUAUUUGAAAGAUAUUUACUUUGUUGCUGUCUGAAUUAUGAGAGGAAUAGUACUACUUAAGUAACUUUAGGAUUAACCUUUUAAAAAGAGUCUUUAAAAAAAAAUUAAAGGAUUACCAUGGUGUAACUCACAUAAUCACUUCCUUGCCACUGUGGGAGCCUUGGGCACUGGUGCCCCUUGGUCCCUUCUAUUCUCUGCCUGUGGCACAUAAUAGUGUAGUCUCCCAUGGGAUAUAAUACCCAAUGACCAAAAUUAGACCAACCAAAGUAUCAGUGUGUGGGUCCUGGGUGGUGCUGGUGUUCUGAUAUACAGGAGGUCAGACUAGUUGAUCUAGUGGUCCUUUCUGGCCGUAAAGUGUAAGACUCUAUAAAAUAUGUCAAAGAUAUUUUAGCAAGAUGCUUGUUAGUGAAUUGUACUUUACAAUGGGGGAAUGCUUUUUCAAAAGUGUUCUAAUGAAACUAGGCAAAAGUCCCUUUUGGGUGGAGAUGUAGUAUAUUGUGUGCAUCUUGGAGAAGUCUUAAUUGCUGAAGAUGAAAUUUUUAUUUUAAAAUGCCAUUUUGAAUUAGCAGGACUUGGGGAGUCACCCAGAAGUCUGAUUCUUGCCCCAAGGAAGCUGAAUUCCAGAUUGUCAGAAUACGAUAGCUUCAGGUGGUGGUCUACUCUGAAAAGUGAUUGUAUAAACAUGACACCUUUAUUCUUAACAGGUCUGCACCCAAUAUGUAUUCAAAGUCAUACAUACUGUAUUUACUGUCCUGAUAAAAAAUAUUAUUUUA